CAAAAAUAAAAAUAGAAUAUAAAAAGCAAAAAUAAUCUUCAGUAUUUAAUCGUGGUGGAUAAAGUAAAGAACAGAAAAGCAAUGGAAAGUACUGGGACUGAUCGCGGAUCUGAAAUUGCGGGCCUUGUUGAAUAUGUGAAGAAAAUUACUUUUUUAUAUUCUUUAGAUCAUCGCGACUGGAAUGCAAAAGUGAUAAACGUGAUACGCAUUUGGUUAAUCAAUUCAAAAGAAUUAGUUCUUACAAUAUUUUACGAUUGCGAUGUUCUCACUGGUUGCCUUGGAUUUCCUGUGGCAUCGGUUAUUGAUUUAUGCUACUUUAUUCGCACCUCUAAAGAAAUAAUAUCUAUUCAUUCUUUUCACGACAUGGUUAACUUCGGCACUGUGCAAGAUGAUGUUGAUGGCUGCCUAUUGAAAAUUUUAGAGCUUAUAUAUGCUCCCAUAUUUCGAAAUUUUAUGGAAUGGGGAGACAAUGUGAAGCAACGAUUCUGUACGUCCCUGGAUAAAUUUCUAGGAAUCUUAACAGCAAUAUAUUUUAAAAUGUCUGGAAUGACAGUUCUUUAUGUCCCUUAUGUAGUCAAAGAAAUAGCAAAAGAGAUUUCCUCGUACGACAGAGAAUUUGUCAAGAACUUGGAAUGUAUUGCGGUGUCGUGGGCUACGCUUAUUCGAAUUCUUUUAAAUGACAAGACCCUUACCAGUCCAAACGAAUAUAUUAGUGUUGGGGAUGAGUUCGAGUUCUGGCUAUAUCGAUGCAAGUCUUCUUGGGGCGCAGCUAAAUGGUUUUGACGUUUCUAAACAAAGUUUUAUUUCGCAUUUGACUAAAGGCUCGGUAGGCUUA